AUGAUAAGAUCAUUAUUGACUGCAAAACUUCUGCGCGAAAGGAAAGACAUUCUGGAUAAGCUGCUGGACACCUCGUUUGAACAGCAUGCUGCCAAUGCCAUGAUGGGCAUAGUCAUUCAAUUAGACGGCUUUCAAGGUGCAGUGUCGUCGAUCCAUCUUGAUCAAGAUGGCCUUUGUACCCGCGGUGUACACGCCAUCAUCAGCAACCAGAUGGAUCUGUGUAAGGACAAGCGCGACUCUCUUGGUUCAUCACACGCCUGCCCUGCGACCGAGAUACCGCCACAUGAUCUCACCAAAAGGCAACGAGCCACUUGGUAA